AUGUUGACUUUCGGCCGUAGACUGUUCAACUCAUCAUGUAAAAACGCAGUGUCUCUGAGUAAAUGGUUAGCAAACUAUAAGGAACCAACAAGAUGUUCUUCUCGUUGGGUUCCUGACAAAAAGUUUAUGGAUGAACUUAAAGAGACAUUGUACCACCCGGAGGCCGUCAAGAGAAACACCACAGUCCAACCAAUCGACUUUUUCAAUGUAAGUCAUCAGGAGGUUCACUCCGUCCAUCUAAAUUUCGGCCCACAACAUCCUGCUGCGCAUGGUGUUCUGAGACUAAUUAUGGAGCUCGAUGGGGAGAAAAUUAUUCGUCUUGAUCCACAUAUCGGUCUGCUACAUCGUGGUACAGAAAAGUUGAUUGAAUACAAAACAUACACUCAAGCUUUGCCUUACUUUGACCGACUGGAUUAUGCCUCCAUGAUGUGUAACGAACAGUGUUAUGCAUUGGCCGUGGAGAAGCUACUCAAUAUUGAAGUACCUCCCCGUGCAAAGUAUAUACGAACUCUUUAUGCUGAAAUAACUAGAAUAUUGAAUCACUGUUUAGCUGUUGGUUCCACUGUUCUGGAUAUUGGAGCUAUAACUCCAAUCUUCUGGUUGUUUGAAGAACGUGAAAAAAUGUUUGAAUUCUAUGAACGUGUGUCUGGUGCUCGUAUGCACGCUGCUUAUAUUCGUCCAGGAGGUGUUUAUUUAGAUAUGCCACUGGGACUGAUGGAUGAUAUUUAUCAGUUCAUACAAAAAUUCCCCAGCGGUUGGAUGAAAUCAGCGAUUUAUUAUGUUGGUAUUGUUAGCGCUGAAGAUGCUAUAGAUUUGGGAUUCUCAGGGGUUAUGCUUCGUGGGAGUGGGAUUAAAUGGGAUUUACGUAAAACACAACCUUAUGAUGCCUAUGAAGAUAUGGAUUUUGAUGUACCAGUUGGUGUUCAUGGUGACUGCUAUGAUCGAUUUAUAGUACGUAUGGAAGAAAUGCGUCAAUCAUUGCGUAUUAUAGAACAAUGCCUUAAUAAAAUGCCCAAAGGUGAGAUCAAAGUGGAUGACGCCAAAAUUUGUCCACCUAAACGUGCUGAAAUGAAAAGUUCUAUGGAAGCUCUUAUUCAUCAUUUCAAAUUAUUCUCAGAAGGUUACUUGGUACCACCUGGAUCGACGUAUACUGCUAUUGAAGCUCCGAAAGGUGAAUUUGGAGUUUAUUUAGUCUCCGAUGGUACAAACAAACCAUACAGAUGCAAAAUUAAAGCUCCAGGCUUUGCUCACUUGGCGGCAAUAGAUAAACUUUGUCGGGGUUUUAUGUUACCCGAUGUAGUCGCAGUUAUAGGUACUUUGGAUAUUGUAUUUGGGGAAGUGGAUCGAUAG